GCGUGCAAAAAGGAAGAGAGAAAUCCGCUGCAGUGAUAAGAAGGGGGAAGACUUUGAGUGUAACUCCCGGUUCUUUGGGCCUCGGUGUUCUUGGUGGGGUUGGGAUUGCCCCCUUGCGCGAGAGGAGAAGGGUGGAUUGGCAGGAAGCCGCCAAGCGCCACCAGCCGGUAGCUCAGAAGCCGCACACCCGCCACACAGCUCGUUGAUCCCAAAAGGGAGCGCUACAGAGAAGCGGAAAUCACCGGGAGGGACAGGCGCUGCUGAAAUCUCGCGAGAGGGAGCCCCCCUCGUAGCCGACUUCCUUCCUCUGCUUCUCCUCUUUCCCCCGCCCCUCCUCCCUCCCCCUCCCCCCCGGGUCGGAGUGUCCCUGCGCCCCACGGGCCGGAGCAGCAGCGAGAGCAGCUUUCCCCGCUCCCUCCCCCUCGCCUCAUUCACCCCCACCCCCCUGCCGAGCGAGGAGGAGCCGGAGGAGAGGAAGAUGGCGGCGGCCGCCAGCACCCGCGGUGCCGCGGGGCCGCUCCGAGGAGCCUGAGAGACCCACGGAGGCUUCGCGGGAAGACGCGGCGGCGGAGGAUGAGCCUGCAGAGCGCGCAGUACCUCCGGAGCAGAACUAAGAAAGGGAGGCCUUAUGGAAAGAUGUUUUUAAAAAACUUGUUUCAUACCUUGCGGAGGAGGGAGUUGGAUGAGGUUGAAGUCUGAAAUGAGUGGAAAAGUCACUUUAUCUGUUUAGUGACGUGAACGUAUUGAUGUGUGUGGAUCCCUAUAUGUAUAUUGCAAGAGGAUUGCUGGGAGGAGUAAUAACUAUAAAAUGAUAAUGACAAUAAUGGCCAACAUUUUUUGAGGGCUUACUUACCAAGGAACAGUCCUAAGUGCUUUACUUCUGUUACCUCAUUUAAUCCUCAGAACACCUCAAUGAGAAUGUCUUAAACCAUUCUACCUUAUGAGAAAUUGGAUGUUCUUGCAGAUAGUCAUUGUGGGAGAAAACGUUUCAUUUAAGUCCCAGAUGAGGACCGAAAACUUGAAAUCAGAGGAGCAUCUGAAAUCAAGUAAUAUUAGGCAGGCAGAAGUCCUGAAGGCUGACAUGACAGAUUCUAAGCUGGGUCCAGCUGAAGUCUGGACAUCCAGGCAGGCUCUGCAGGACCUGUACCAGAAAAUGCUAGUUACUGAUUUGGAAUACGCUUUAGACAAGAAAGUAGAACAGGAUCUCUGGAAUCACGCCUUUAAGAAUCAGAUCACAACACUACAAGGCCAGGCAAAGAAUCGAGCAAAUCCGAAUCGAAGUGAAGUUCAGGCAAACCUUUCUCUGUUCCUAGAGGCAGCUAGUGGCUUCUAUACCCAGUUAUUACAAGAACUGUGUACAGUAUUUAAUGUAGAUUUACCAUGCCGUGUGAAGUCUUCCCAAUUGGGAAUUAUCAGCAAUAAACAGACGCAUACCAGCGCCAUAGUGAAGCCACAGUCUAGCUCCUGUUCCUAUAUCUGCCAGCACUGCCUCGUCCACCUUGGAGACAUUGCUCGAUACAGAAACCAGACCAGCCAGGCAGAGUCCUACUAUAGGCAUGCAGCUCAGCUUGUCCCCUCCAACGGUCAGCCUUAUAAUCAGUUGGCUAUCUUAGCUUCUUCCAAAGGAGACCAUCUGACCACAAUUUUCUACUACUGCAGAAGCAUUGCUGUGAAGUUCCCUUUCCCAGCUGCCUCCACUAAUCUGCAAAAAGCACUUUCUAAAGCACUGGAAAGCCGAGAUGAGGUGAAAACCAAGUGGGGUGUUUCUGACUUCAUCAAGGCCUUUAUUAAAUUCCACGGUCAUGUGUACCUGAGUAAGAGCUUGGAAAAGUUGAGCCCUCUUCGAGAAAAAUUGGAAGAACAGUUUAAGAGGCUGCUAUUCCAAAAAGCUUUCAACUCUCAGCAGUUAGUUCAUGUCACUGUCAUUAACCUGUUUCAACUUCAUCACCUUCGUGACUUUAGCAAUGAAACUGAGCAGCACAGUUAUAGCCAAGAUGAGCAGCUAUGUUGGACACAGUUGCUGGCCCUCUUUAUGUCUUUUCUUGGCAUCCUGUGCAAGUGUCCUCUACAGAAUGAGUCUCAGGAGGAGUCCUACAAUGCCUAUCCUCUUCCAGCAGUCAAGGUCUCCAUGGACUGGCUAAGACUCAGACCCAGGGUCUUUCAGGAGGCAGUGGUGGAUGAAAGACAGUACAUUUGGCCCUGGUUGAUUUCUCUUCUGAAUAGUUUCCAUCCGCAUGAAGAGGACCUCUCAAGUACUAGUGCGACACCACUUCCAGAGGAGUUUGAAUUACAAGGAUUCUUGGCAUUGAGACCUUCUUUCAGGAACUUGGAUUUUUCCAAAGGUCACCAGGGUAUUACAGGAGACAAAGAAGGCCAGCAACGACGAUUACGACAGCAGCGCUUGAUCACUAUAGGCAAAUGGAUUGCUGAUAAUCAGCCAAGGCUGAUUCAGUGUGAAAAUGAGGUAGGGAAAUUGUUGUUUAUCACAGAAAUCCCAGAAUUAAUACUGGAAGACCCCAGUGAAGCCAAAGAGAACCUCAUUCUGCAAGAAACAUCUGUGAUAGAGUCGCUGGCUGCAGAUGGGAGCCCAGGGCUAAAAUCAGUGCUAUCUACAAGCCGAAAUUUAAGCAACAACUGUGACACAGGAGAGAAGCCAGUGGUUACCUUCAAAGAAAACAUUAAGCCACGAGAAGUGAACAGAGACCAAGGAAGAAGUUUUCCUCCCAAAGAGGUGAGAAGGGACUAUAGCAAAGGAAUAACUGUAACUAAGAAUGAUGGAAAGAAGGACAACAACAAGAGGAAAACUGAAACCAAGAAAUGCACCUUAGAAAAGUUACAGGAAACAGGAAAGCAGAAUGUGGCAGUGCAGGUAAAAUCCCAGACAGAACUAAGAAAGACUCCAGUGUCUGAAGCCAGAAAAACACCUGUAACUCAAACCCCAACUCAAGCAAGUAACUCCCAGUUCAUCCCCAUUCAUCACCCUGGAGCCUUCCCUCCUCUUCCCAGCAGGCCAGGGUUUCCACCACCAACAUAUGUUAUCCCCCCUCCUGUGGCAUUUUCUAUGGGCUCAGGUUACACCUUCCCAGCUGGUGUUUCUGUCCCAGGAACCUUUCUUCAGCCUACAGCUCACUCUCCAGCAGGAAACCAGGUGCAAGCUGGGAAACAGUCCCACAUUCCUUACAGCCAGCAACGGCCCUCUGGACCAGGGCCAAUGAACCAGGGACCUCAACAAUCACAGCCACCUUCCCAGCAACCCCUUACAUCUUUACCAGCUCAGCCAACAGCACAGUCUACAAGCCAGUUGCAGGUUCAAGCUCUAACUCAGCAACAACAGUCCCCUACAAAAGCUGUGCCGGCUUUGGGGAAAAGCCCGCCUCACCACUCUGGAUUCCAGCAGUAUCAACAGGCAGAUGCCUCCAAACAGCUGUGGAAUCCCCCUCAGGUUCAAGGCCCAUUAGGGAAAAUUAUGCCUGUGAAACAGCCCUACUACCUUCAGACCCAAGACCCCAUAAAACUGUUUGAGCCGUCAUUGCAACCUCCUGUAAUGCAGCAGCAGCCUCUAGAAAAAAAAAUGAAGCCUUUUCCCAUGGAGCCAUAUAACCAUAAUCCCUCAGAAGUCAAGGUCCCAGAAUUCUACUGGGAUUCUUCCUACAGCAUGGCUGAUAACAGAUCUGUAAUGGCACAGCAAGCAAAUAUAGACCGCAGGGGCAAACGGUCACCAGGAGUCUUCCGUCCAGAGCAGGAUCCUGUACCCAGGAUGCCAUUUGAGGACCCCAAGAGCUCCCCUCUGCUUCCUCCGGACCUGUUAAAGAGUCUGGCUGCCUUGGAGGAAGAGGAAGAGCUGAUUUUUUCUAACCCUCCUGAUCUUUACCCGGCUCUGCUGGGGCCUCUCGCCUCUCUUCCUGGACGAAGCCUUUUUAAAUCCUUACUGGAGAAGCCCUCAGAGCUCAUGUCACAUUCAUCCUCUUUCCUGUCCCUCACCGGAUUCUCUCUCAAUCAGGAAAGAUACCCAAAUAAUAGUAUGUUCAAUGAGGUAUAUGGGAAAAACCUGACAUCCAGCUCCAAAGCAGAACUCAAUCCCUCAAUGGCCCCCCAGGAAACAUCUCUGUAUUCCCUUUUUGAAGGGACUCCGUGGUCUCCAUCACUUCCUGCCAGUUCAGAUCAUUCAACACCAGCCAGCCAGUCUCCUCAUUCCUCUAACCCAAGCAGCCUGCCCAGUUCUCCUCCAACACACAACCAUAAUUCUGUUCCAUUCUCCAAUUUUGGACCCAUUGGGACUCCAGAUAACAGGGAUAGAAGGACUGCAGACCGGUGGAAAACUGAUAAGCCAGCCAUGGGUGGGUUUGGCAUUGAUUAUCUCUCAGCGACGUCAUCCUCUGAGAGCAGUUGGCAUCAGGCCAGCACUCCGAGUGCCACCUGGACAGGCCAUGGCCCCUCCAUGGAGGAUUCCUCUGCUGUCCUCAUGGAAAGCCUAAAGUCUAUCUGGUCCAGUUCCAUGAUGCAUCCUGGACCUUCCGCUCUGGAGCAGCUGUUAAUGCAGCAGAAGCAGAAACAGCAACGGGGACAAGGCACCAUGAACCCUCCACACUGAGGCCAAAGUGGCAACUUGGGAAUGAAGGCUCCAUAAACCAUGGCAUGUUGGGUUUGCAGGACUGGCCCACACAGUCCCCUGCAGGUGGCAGCCCUCUUUUCUGUUUCUUGCUGUCAAGAGGGUGUAAGUAUUCCACCAGCCCGCUGAGUGUGCACGAAAUGUUCGCAGUGCAACAAAAAGAAAAAUCCAUCAGGAACUCUCCGUCCCCCCGGGGCCUUCCGGAGGGAGAGAGGAACUGCUGUUUAUCUCACUCAGUUACUUGGUAUCACCGCCUCUCACCUUCUCCAUCGUGCAUGUCCCCAGCCACAUGGGAAGUGAAAGCUGAGAAGGGAAGGCAGAUGGGAGAAGCCAAUGGGAACUUCUCAGUCCUUUUUCCCUCUUUGGGGAAUAAAAUAGGAAUCCAUUAAUGAUCGCUUUGCUGACUGAGAAUGUAGUUGAAAUUAUUCUUAAACAUCUUUUAUUAUUAUUACUCUCAGUAGUAAAAUAUCACACUGAAUUCUUCCAUACACAGGUGUGCUUCUAGUCAGUGUGUAGCAAGGAAAGCCCCGUUCACUGCUCCUGUGAGAGGUUGGUGGUGACAGGAUGGGGAACCGACCUCUUCAGCCAGUGGAAAUGUUCCCUAAGGGAGAGUUCAAGGCCUCUCAGAAGGCUCUGGUAGGCCCUCCUCUGGCCAGGAGACUCCAGCAGGAAAUGCCCUUCACUCUGUAGGUGCUCGAGCCCCAAUCGAGGAUGCAGUGUGGGUGGUGGUGCUGGACUGGACUAGCAGGUGACUGCUGUAGGAUUUCAAAUUACGUUUUUGAUUCCUGUACAUUUUACAGUCGCACAGCAAGCAGUCUCGCAGAAGGCAGGCUAGUCCAUUCACAGCCUGGAACAUUCUAAUAGGUAGAAGCUUUCAGUGUGGUUAUUUUUUGUUUGGUUGGUUUUUGUGCCCCCAUUCUACUUCCCACCCUCCUGCCCCACCUCCAUCCCUUUUUUACCCGAUGCUGUAUGCUAGUAAUUGUUUUUAUUCCUAAUGUGUACAACAUCACAUCUCCCCAAGAAGCAACAGCAUGGGGUCCAGCAGUUGGGGCCCAAAAGACAGUCUGAAGAGGAAGGAUGCGGCAGUAUCUGCAUAGCCCACAGAGGGCCCAGGCCCCUGCCCAGCUGCAGUCUCCCAGCCUCCACUUUCAGAGUGAAAUUCAAGGCAACACGGACAUGUGCACGUCACGCACAGAAGAAAACAACGUCGUCCAUUUUGGAAAAGGCGAAAGAAAGGAAAAUAAACUCUUAUUUGAUAUUUAUUAGGAGGAAAGAGGACUGAAAAAGUACUUGCGUAGAAACAGAAGGACAGCGUUUCUGUUAGGCAUUUCCUGGAAAAGUAAUAUUUUAAGGGGAAAUUAUGAGAGCAAUCCAAAUGUUCAAUUGCUGUACUAGUGGUAGGGUUUAUUUUCUGGGAAGUCUCUCGUUUGUCUGUAUGUUUGUGUACACACACAUGCCCAUCUGCUGUCCCAGAGGGGAGGGGUUGUGUGUAUGAGUGUGUGGGGUUAGUGUGGAACGUAAGAGCUGGAACACAGCUGUAGAGCAAAGCACAUCAGGAGCCCCAGUUGUCACUGGAGUCUGGGCAACCCCAGCAAUGAAAAGGGGUGAGAUAAUGCUCAUUGCUCUUCAGAGAGAGUGGUUGGAGUCCCCCCACCCCGCCCCUCCAGUCUGCUUACAUUAUUGCUCUUUUAGUUUGACAUGGUGUUUGGGUUUUGUUUUGUUUUUUUGAAAGGUCUGAAAAGGUGAAGCCCCCCACCCAAUGGCAAUAUGAAACCUUUUGUGCUUCUCUUCAGCCCCUUCCCUGUGUCCAUCUUUCUCUCCUCUUCCGAAGCCUUGUUCCUACUACCUUUACCCAGUUUGUGUGUUUGAGCUCUGCAUUCAGGCAGCUGCAACAUUCCAGUGUUUGAACUGUCACUGAUUCUUGCGCCCUAGACAAGCUAACCAGGUUUACCAUCUCACUCCCAUAAUACCCAGCUCCCAUCUAAAGCCCCAUUCUGCAUGAGAAUUUGGUGUUUGGAAUGUUUUCUGACUCUUGGGGCGGGAUUCCUCGCCUUAUCAUCCUCACUGGAGUAAUGAGGAGGGGGAGGAGAAUCUUUAUCAGAAACUGGUUUUGUGUAGUAAACUUUCUUUCCUGGUUUUUUGUUUUGUUUUGUUUUCUGGAUUUUGUUUUUUGUUUUUGUCUGUCUGUGCAAGACCUGCAGCUGCUGAAAAUCAGCUUUGCCUUUAAUUAAACCAUGUUCUCUCCAACCA